AUUAAUAAAUUAUUAUGUAUUCUAAAACCUAUCGAAAUGUGAAGAAGCAGAUAUAUGUAUAUUUAACCUACUCCACUAAUAAAAUUUCAGUAUAAGAAGGACGAAGCCGCGUAACGUUAUUGUGUAAUAUAUACGGCUUAUUUCUUCGUAAUUAACUUGUAAAACAAUUAAUAUCAAAAUUUGUUAUUGUUAUUUAUUCGAGAAGCGUUAAAAAUUGUUGUAUUUCCUAAUAUGACUAGAUCAAAAAUAGAGUUAGGAGAUGUAACACCACAUAAUAUAAAACAGCUCAAACUUCUUAACCAAGUGGUGUUUCCAGUCUCGUACAAUGAAAAAUUUUAUAAAGAUGUGUUAGAAGCAGGAGAGCUAGCAAAGCUUGCAUAUUACAAUGAUAUAGUGGUUGGUGCAGUUUGUUGUCGAGUAGAUACCUCUGAAAAUUCUAGGCGUCUGUAUAUUAUGACAUUAGGAUGUCUCUAUCCUUAUAGAAGAUUAGGAAUAGGUACUGUAAUGGUACAACAUGUUUUAAAUUAUGUUUACAAAGAUGGAAACUUUGAUUCUAUCUUUCUUCAUGUUCAGAUAAGUAAUGAAGGGGCCAUUGACUUUUAUAAAAAAUUUGGCUUUGAAAUAGUAGAAACAAAGGAACAUUAUUACAAACGAAUAGAACCUGCAGAUGCUCAUGUAUUACAAAAAACUUUACGUCCUAAAACAAAUCAAACAAAUAAUCAACAAAGUAAUCAAUAAAAAUCGUUAAUCAUUAAUUUAUCACAUCUCAAAAACCUACAUGUUUUCAUAGUCUGGUAAUAAAAUUAUUUUUAUUGUACUUCCCAGUGUGUUAUAAGUUAUAAAAUUAGAGUUUUAUAAAUAAUUUAAUAAAGUUGAUAAAUACAAUGUACAUCGACGUACACAAUAUAACAUAACAAUUCCAUAAA